AUGGCACGGCCGUACUCCUUCUUCGUUCAUCUAUUCACGCUUCUAGCUCUCACACUGGGCACAGCGUCUAUGCCAGCUGAAUCUCCGAGGGCAAACUACCCGUCAAUUUUCUCGAGGGGAAAAAAUGCGAAGCAAGAUGCCUUGAUGCUUUGCGCCGAUCCUAGAUUCAUAGACUAUGUUGAAGAGGCAUUUGUCGACGCCGAACAGAUUGUGACAAACACAGUCCGUGAACUCGAACUCCUCAUUUCCAUGUUCGUGCCCGAUGGCUCUGGUCGACUCUUGCCAAACAAGGUUCAUAAAUGGAGCCGAUCGUUUGACGAAGACAAUGUCUUUUCGACAUACAACUUCUUCAUCCACAGACUGGCCGACCCCGAUAGGCCAGGAACACAUGAAGAUGCAUAUGACGCAUACAACCGAGGCGAAGCUAACCCCGGAUAUCCCACUUUAUUGGUGCAUUGUGACGAAUACGAGUUCUUAUUCGAAGCACUUAAUGACGGGCGGAAUUACACCGAGGGUGAGACCAUCCCCAGCCUUCUGACCAUAUACUGUUCAUCAGCCAACCCGACAAAAACGAAUCCCGAGACUGAUGGUGAUUAUGUUUUGGCAAUGCUUGCAGGACCGCACAGCGUGUGGGCCGGACAACGUCGCUUUGUUGGAAUUAAAGAAGUGUGUCAACAAAGCCGGGACCAAAAGGAGCGAUUCUGGGGGGAAUUCGCUGUCCCAACUCUCGAAGGAAUGGAUGCAUACGUGAUGCGCGGCGAAUAUGACACUUUUGACGAACACAUGUGCAUCUGUGAGGUAGGGCAUGACAAGUUCAGGGAAGUUGAGGCGAAGAAUAUCAACGACGGCCUCGAACUACGACGGCUACAUGUCCCGAGGGGAGGCUCCCCCACGACAUACCAGAAAGAGGCAUUGAAAACACUGAUGAGAGAAGGCUUAGGGAUCAGCUGGCUGGGCAGCCCCCUCGUCUCAACUAUCAUUCAUGAAUUGUCGCACUCGAGAUCAUUUACCGCCGCAGGCCGCGAACUCGAGAGAACGGCUUCAAGCAAGGACUGCCUCUAUCAAGUGGCCAAAGGGGAGGAUGGCCUGGACAGUGAGGGCUAUGCCCAGGGCCACUGGGACGCCGGUGAGAUGCUCAUGGACCCUAAGAUACCUUACUUGGGGAACUGCGGUUGUACUAACAGUGUAACUCAAUGGCAAUAG